GCCUCCCCCGCGGCUCGAGGAAGAGGUGGAGCCAAAAUGGCGGACAAGGUCACCAAAUGGGCGGCCCUUCCUACAGCCCUAGCAUGGACUUCCACUAACAGGCUUGCCUCAGCUGAAGAAGAACAGAAAUCCCACCGAAUUAAAGCACAUCAGCUUCCUAUUUACAGUGCCCCACCUCUGGAAUCUCGGUAUGUUGAUGAAAAGCCUGGCCAGCUGCAGACCAGGAUUUCAUCAGUAAGAAAGACAACAAGUCAUUACCUAAAGGGAUGCAAGGACGCUUACCUCUUUGUCAAAAAUGGAGUAAUCGCUUCACUGCAGUUUGGAAAAGAUACAUAUGUUUACCUGAAGAAUCCGCCUCCAGAAUUUCUUCCCAAAGUCGGUGUAAUUACAGUUUCAGGACUGACAGGAAUAGUCCUAGCCAGGAAAGGAUCUAGAUUCAAGAAAAUUGCCUAUCCCAUGGCCCUUGGCUCACUAGGUGUAUCUCUUUGCUAUCCAGCCCAGUCAGUGAUUGUUGCAAAGGUUACCGGUGGCAAAGUUUAUGCUGUAAGCCAUAAAAUAUAUACAGCAAUAGGAUCACUCUGGACCAAAAAAUCCUCCGCAGAAGUCCCAAUUGCCCAGGAUAAAGAUACUCGGGAAGUUUCAAAAAUAAGUCACAGCCUCCCAAAAGCUCAGAAGGCCUCCCUGGAGUCAGAGGGUAAAGCAGAAGCACCAGAGGAACAGAGGCAGAAAGGGAGAACAAACAUGCACAAAGAUUAUGAGACUUUGAUGGAUGAAAUGAAGGUGCUAAAUGUCAGAUCAGAUGUAUUGAAGGCAUCCAAGUUCAAAGCAGAUUCCAGUCUUAUGGACCAUGGCCAAGCCAACCCAGAAGAUGCAGAUCUGUAUAGUAAGAGAAGCUGAUAUCCCCCCAGUUUUCAUCAUGGGACUUUAAAAAUGUGCAAUCUGCAUGGUGAUACGGAGUUGGGUAGUUUCUUAACUCUUGUUUUUAUGCCAAUGUUCUUGUCCAAUUCUCAUCUUUUUCUACUCAUUGCUGCCCCUGCCUAUUUUCAAAUGGUUGAAAGCAUAAUUGGUCUCUUGAUGUGAAAGGCAAAGGCUUCUAAAGAGAUUAUCGCUGUCAAACUCGUAACUGAUGUAAAUAACGUGGGAAGAAUUCUGUGCUGCUUCUAAUCAAAAGCUGAAAUGAUAUUCAAUAUAGAGUAUUUAAACCACAUUUUGCUUUAC